AUGACCGAAUUGGAUGCCCAGGGCCUCUGGCUUCACCGCAAACACCAGGCCCUGAAGCAAGUGUUUGGUGCUGCGCCCGAGGCCGUGGAACAUGCCCGCCAGCAUGUCUACAGCACGUUGAAGAUUCUGGUGGCGCACCUACAGGAAGCCGGUGACUAUCUCCUGGGAGCAAAUUUCAGUGCCGCAGACAUCCUACUGGUGCACUGUCUCGACUGGGCUUCGGCCAUCAAGUGGCUUCCGACCCCCGAGAUCACGGGAGAGGUGGAGGCAGUCCUGACUGCAUACCACAUGCGCUGUUGCCAGCGACCGGCCUACCAGCGCUCCGUCGAGCAGCGAAAUGCAAAGAUGUGA